CGGGCUCCGCAGCACCGACCCGGGGAUGCCCGUCGGGGGGGUGUGAGGCAGCACCUCGGUGCCCCGGGAGGAUGUCGGGGAGCGGCGCAGCGCUGCUGCUGCUGGUGGUGGCCGCGCUGCUCGGUGCCCCGGCGGGUGCGCAGCCACCGGGGGAAGCCGCUUGCCGCCCGGUCCGUGCCGCGUUCCAGGCGCUACAGCCCGGAGCCAAGUGGGUGCCCGAGACCCCCGUGCCAGGGUCUGAUCUGCAGGUAUGUAUCCCAAAGGGCUCCACAUGCUGCUCCAGGAGGAUGGAGGAGAAGUACCAGGCAACAGCCCGCCUGAACAUGGAGCAGCUCCUGCAGUCAGCCAGCAUGGAGCUGAAAUUCCUGGUCAUCCAGAACGCUGCUGUCUUCCAAGAAGCCUUUGAAAUUGUAGUACGACAUGCAAGAAACUUCACCAACAGCAUGUUUAGGACCCACUACAAGAGCAUGGGGCCCAGAGCUCUUAAGUUUGUUGGAGAACUUUUUACUGAUGUCUCGCUGUACAUAUUAGGCUCUGACAUCAGUGUUAAUGACAUGAUAAAUGAAUUUUUUGACAGUUUAUUCCCCUUGGUUUACUCUCAUUUGAUUAAUCCCGGCUUCCCUGACCCCCCUGUGGAAAUGACUGAAUGCCUGCGGGCAGCCAGGAGAGACCUCAAAGUCUUUGGUAACUACCCCAAGGUGAUGAUGACGCAGGUGUCCAAGUCGCUGCAGGCCACGCGAGUCUUUCUGCAGGCUCUCAACCUGGGCAUUGAGGUGAUAAACACCACUGACCACUUAAAAUUCAGCAAGGACUGUGGACGAGCUCUGCUAAAGAUGUGGUACUGCUCCCACUGCCAGGGGCUGCUCCUGGCCAAGCCCUGUGCCAGCUUCUGCAGUGUGGUGAUGCAAGGAUGCUUGGCGGGCGUCAUGGAGAUCGAUAACCACUGGCGAGAGUACAUUGGGUCGCUGGAGGGGCUGACCAAGGGCAUGCAUGGCAUCUAUGACAUGGAACAUGUCCUCCUGAGCCUCUUCUCCCUGGUCCGGGAUGCCAUCAUCUAUGUGCAGAAGAAUGAAGGAAAGCUCUCAACAACUAUCAGCCGACUGUGUGGCCAUGCCCAGCAGAGGCAGUAUCGAUCAGCUAAUUACCCUGAAGACCUUUUUGUUGACAAGAAAGUCCUGAAGCUGACUCACAUUGAGCAAGAAGAAACUUUGGCAGGCAGGAGGAGGGAGCUCAUUAUGAAGCUGAAGUCCCACAGCAGUUUUUACAGCAGUUUGCCAGAGUACAUCUGCAGCCACAGCUCUGCUGUUCAGAACGACAGCCUGUGUUGGAACGGACAAGAACUCGUGGAGAGCUACAGUCCCCAGAUCCCAAGGAAUGGAGCAAAAAAUCAGCCUGGCAACCAUGAGGUGAAGAUGAAAGGUCCUGAGCCAGUGAUCAGCCAGAUUAUUGACAAACUUAAACACAUCAACCAGCUGCUCAAAGGGAUGGCUUUGCCCCGCCGAAAAGCUUCAGGCAAAUCCCCAGAGGAGGAGGAGGAAAGCGGAGACUGUGAUGAUGAAGAUGACUGUGGUGGAGGCUCCGGGGAUGGAGAGAUGCGAGUGAGGAACCAGCUCCGGUUCUUAGCAGAGCUGGCCUAUGACCUGGACAUGGAGGAUGCCUCUGCAAACAAGCAGCUUCUGAAUCAUCAAAGCAAAGAUGGUGCCGUUGUCCCCAGCAGCAACCCUGGGAGCACAGCUUCCCACUCUGGCCCUGCCUCUGCCCUCACCCUGGUCCUGCCACUGCUGCUGGGCCACUGGCCAUGAGUGGUGCUGGUGGCAUCCCUCAGUGUCUCGCUGUGACUUUGUUUUUUUUAACGAGGAAGACAUUUGGAACCUCUUCUGAAGUAUAUGCACAUUUCCAAAACCAGGGCAAAGGACUUGAGUCACUUUUAUAAAAGAACAGACAAAAAAAAGAGCUGCUAAAAAGCACUCAUUCAUGGUAAACUAGUAAAUAUGUAACAGUGCUUUUUAAAGAUAAUCCUGUUUAAUAUAAGAAGGUUCGUAUUAAAUUGUAUGCCCUGCGGUUUUUGAAGACUGUCUCCCUUGCUCUUAAGUUGAAGACCAUAUUUCAUUUUGAGUUGUUCAAAUGUGCAUGGGUACAGAACACCUACGAUUAAUGAAAUACUCUCAGCAAAUAUCAGACCCUGAUCCUAUUUGACUUAAUGCAGAUUUUGUCUGUAGUUCAAACAGAUUUUGUACCUACUGUGGAUUCAAGGCUCACCCCUAGGAAUCUGGCCAAGCUCAUAAUAUGUAGGGUGUGUGAAGAUAGGGGAGAGAGAAGGUCAGAAGUACAGCAGGAGGAAAGAUACUGCAGAAGAGGAGUUGUGCAUCAAUAUGGUCACGGAGAUGUGGUCCUGUGGACAUGAAGCACAGCUGUAUGGUGUCAAGUUGCAGGUGAUUUUGCUGUUCACCUCUCAGCCAGGUUCUGCAAAGCCCUUCAGUGCAGUCAGCCAGUCCCUUCUGGCAUCCCUGUGGCCCGUGCAAUGCCCUGGUUUUAUUCUUCAGGAGUGAAGCACCUCCUUUCCCACGGGAAAUCUGCAAACACAGAUCCAGCCAAAGACUCAGCGUAGAUGUACACUCUGUGCUUUACAAGGGUGAAUAAUAGGUGUCCAACGCAUUGUUCUACAAGGGAGGAAAAGAAAAGGAUUUCCAGGAGCCCCAGGCAGAUGAGAAUCCUUCUCACGUAUUUCUUUGCAUGUUACUUUACUUAAGCUAUCUCUAAAAUAAAGA